UCUCUGCUGCCAGCCACAGUCCAUCCUUCAGCUGUGCUGCUGCUCCUGGAAACACAGUGUCAACAUGGUGCGUUCUAGCGGCUUACUCACACGCCAGAGGGACCCAGUGCCACUGAAGAGCAUUGCUGUGACUUUGUCCAUCAAUGACUUUGUGGCUGGUGUGUCCGCAACCUUAAACUAUGAGAAUGAAGAGAAAAACCCCUUGGAGGCCUUCUUCGUGUUCCCCAUGGAUGAAGACUCUGCUGUCUACAGCUUUGAGGCUUUGGUGGAUGGAAAGAAGAUUGUGGCAGAACUGCAGGACAAGUACCAGGCUCAUAAAAGGUAUGAAGAGGCCCUCUCUGGGGGAUUUCAGGCCUACUUAUUGGAAGAAGACAAGUGCUCCCGGGAUGUCUUCUGUUGCAAUGUGGGGAAUCUGCAGCCAGGGUCAAAGGUGGCACUCACCCUGAGAUAUGUGCAAGAGCUUCCUCUGGAAGAUGAUGGGGCCCUGCGUUAUGUGCUCCCAGCAAUCCUGAAUCCUAGAUACCAUCUCUCUGAUCGAUGUGAGGACAGUUGCCUGGAUCUGAAGACCCCAAUAGUCCCUUUGGAGGACCUGCCCUACACACUCAGUAUGGUUGCCACCAUCAACUCCCAGCUUGGUAUCAGGACAAUCCAAUCCAACUGUCCAUUGAGUUCCAUUGACUACAUUGGAGAUGACAAGACCUCAGCUCAGGUUUCCUUGGCUGAAGGACACAAGUUUGACCGGGACGUGGAAUUCCUGAUUUUCUACAGGAAGGUGCAUAGUCCCAGUGUAGCGGUGGAGAUGGGGAUGCCGGAAAGGUACUCAGAUAGUUUAAUGGGAGCACCUUCUGCAAUGGUGAGUUUCUACCCAGAUAUCCCAGAAGAGGAGACUUCAACAAAAUGUGGAGAAUUUGUGUUCCUUAUGGACCGUUCUGGAAGCAUGAAGACCCCCAUGAAUAGCCAAGACAGGUCUCAGCUGAGAAUAGAUGCCGCCAAGGAAACACUGAUUCUUCUGCUGAAGAGUUUGCCUAUGGGCUGCUAUUUCAACAUCUAUGGAUUUGGAUCCACCCAUGAGGCAUUCUUUCCGGAGAGUGUGAAGUACACUCAGGAAACCAUGAAGAAAGCAGUGGAGAAAGUGAAGCUCAUGUUGGCAGAUCUUGGAGGGACAGAAAUUUUAACACCACUACGGAAAAUUUUUAGGAAAACUCCCAUCCCAGGACAUCCUUUACAGAUCUUUGUCUUCACCGAUGGAGAAGUUGUGGAAACUUUUAAUGUAAUCAGAGAAGUUACGUUCCACAGCAAAAGGCACAGAUGUUUCUCAUUUGGCAUUGGAGAAGGGGCCUCCACUAGCUUAAUAAAGAGCCUUGCCCGGGUAUCAGGGGGCACUGCAGAGUUUAUCACAGGCAAUGAUCGGAUGCAGUCCAAGGCCCUUAGGUCCCUGAGGCGUUCUUUACAGUCUGUAGUAGAGGAUAUCUCUCUGAGCUGGAGUUUGCCUCCUCAGGUGUUUGCACACAUGCUAUCUCCAGAACAAACUGUUAUCUUUAGGGGUCAAAGGUUAAUCAUCUACUCCCUACUGGUUGGACAGAUACCGCAAGAAGAGGCUACAGGUGAAGUGUGUCUCAGAUACACGCUUCGUGGCAAAAGUUAUGAGGAGAAGGUGACGUUUUCUGUACAACCUAAGCCUGAUGACAAUCUCACCAUUCAUCGUCUUGCUGCCAAGUCCAUGAUCCAGGCCAAAGACUUUGGCUUCAAGGAGACGUCACUGAUCUAUAAAAGAGACGUGCUGGACAUCAGCUUAGAGUCUGGCGUGAUGAGCUCCUUCACGGCCUUUGUUGCCAUCAACAAGGAGCUCAAUGAGCCAGUCCAGGGGCCCCUGGUUCAUAGGGAGAUCCCAAGGCCAAUUCUUUUUGGUGGUUCCUCUGCGGGGUCAAGAAAUUACUCUAGUAAGUUUUAUCCCAGAAAUCUUUUUAUGAAUAAGGAAUUUUUACUAUAUUUACCCAGAAGUUUACUCUGCUCCACUGCUCCUGUACCUCAGCCUCCAAGGAGUAUACUCACGGGAUUCUGUGGCGUGAUGGCGCGCAUGCCCAGUGGUGAGGAACCUUUAAGUCCAAUGUAUCGCGCACUCCAGCAGCCUCAUUACAACCAGACGAUGAAAUGUAUCAUUCACACAGAUUCUCGCCCUGAGUUGCCCCACCUCGCCAAAUAUGAUAGUUACCAACAAGAGAACAGUGGCUACAUAAUUUCCCAGCACUUUAUCUUUUGUUUUCUUCUCAAAGGGAGUAAGGAGCAUAGUAUGGCACAGCUGAUCUAUCUCCAAAAUGCAGAUGGUUCCUGGGAUAUGAAUGAGGAUUUAGCUAAGAUCCUAGGUACUAGUUUGGAAGACAUAAAGGCUUCACAACCUACUAAGGUACAAGAGCCCUCAAUCUGGGCUACAAUGCUAGCUGUGAUCUGGCUGCAUGCAUAUAGCAAGGACUUGAAGAAUGAGUGGGGACUUCUGGAAAGAAAGGCUGUGGUCUGGCUUCACAAUAAUGCAGUCCGUGGCUUCUCCAAGUUUACGCGCACUGCCAAUAAGUUCAUGAAGACAUCUGUGAGUUCCUCGAUCUUCGCAUGAUGAGGGUGAUAUCCAAAAGGAAGCCCAUCUCUGCCUCCUGCCAUAUCCUUCAUCUUCUCUUCUGCUAAAAUAGAUGUCUGUCUUAAGUACCAUAUGACCUGUACCUUACUAUAAAAAUGAAGGAUGACCACAUCGCUUUGGCUAUCCCAUUGGAUAUACAUUUUGGUUUCUGUGUAUCCCUUAUGACAAGUGCUGGUAGACAAAAACUAUUUCCUAUCUUGGAGUAGUGUAGAAUAUUUGCAUGUAGUAUGUUUCUCCCAACUUUUAAAAACAUGUUACUUUGUAGUCUAAAGACUGGCAGUGCUGCUACAGAAUGCCUGCGUUAAAUAAUUGUCUUCAUUAUCUUUUCCCACUCACCUUUCAUUUCAUACACUUGUCAUUAUAUAUUAUACUCAAUACAAUAUGAGUUUUUCUUUUCUUGGAAGAAGUUGGAGGUAAACUGAAAGCCAACUUCACGGGCAAUGUAACUUCAAGAUCAUAAAGAAUCAAGGUCUUCAUUUUGCCCACUGUUACUGGUGAGAACAUUCUUCAUGCACUCUGGGUGUGCAUUGACAGUCUAUGCUCCACACCUUUCUUUCUCCUGCCCAAGUGAUUUGAGGUGAGUCAUAUUUGUAAAUAGAAGUCUGUCUUUAACCAUCAGUCAUUCUGUAUGAGGUUGAUGAUGAAACCUUUAGACCUAGUUUUAAUCUACUAAGCCCAUGAAUUUGGUUAUGGUCUGGUUUACUCAGAAUUAAUGUAGUUUGUGCUGAGAUCCAAAUAUGGUUUGUCCAGCCUGUGAAGAAUGGGGUUCCUCUGAUCACUCUGAAACUCACUCUUUUACA